AUGAUAAUUAUGGCUGAUCAUUCACGAAUAUCAGCAUUUGGAAUCCCAAAUAGCUCGUCUCAUGAACAAACCCUUUAUUCAAACCAAACAAUACCAGCGAAACAACAUACCUAUUAUUCUCCAGUUCCCUUGUCUUCGUCACCGAUACCUAAUGGCAAUGUAAAACCUGAUUCAACUAGUGCCUUAUGGGAAACAAGUUCAAUUAAUCGAUGUCGUUCAUUUGCACAACCCUCUCCGCCUACAAAUCUCUCACCACGUCCGUCUCAUCCACCGCCAACUUAUGAAGAAUCAAUUACAAAUAAGCCUCUUAAUCACCACAACUCAAAAUCGUCCAUCCAUUCCCCAUCAGCAUCAUCAUUACGUGGAAACUAUUUCAGUCCUCAUAGCCCAUUGGCUCAUAUAUCCCAUAGUUUACCAACGACACCAAAUCAAGAAUCAAGAGAUUAUUUAACGGCGUCCGUGAUAAAUAAUAAUCAUCAUCGUAGCUCAGAUACAAAACCUCCACCACCUGUUCGCAUGCCACGCUCAAAUAAUUAUGCUCGUAUUCAAACACGUCCUAUUCAAUCGUAUUACGCUCAGCAACAUCAACCAGAAACGACGACUACCUAUCUGAAUACGAGUACUCUCUACAUUUCUCAACCUCAAACACAAGCUCCUGCUCCACCACCACCACCUCCACGUUAUCCAACAACAAAACCAAGCACAAAUCCGUUUGAUCCACCAGUUAUUCCUCCACGAACAACAAACAAUUGUUCAACAGUUACCAUUCCAAACUUUAACUGUUCAUCAAAACCUGUUCAACAUCAAACUGUUUAUCGUUCACCAAUUAUUGCUCAAGCACGUCCAACAUCAUACGGUUUAAUGUCAAAACAAAAACAUGGUCCAACAACAAUUGAACAAAAAUUAGCUACAUUAUCUUUGGUCAAUGAUAAAGAAAAUGAAAAUGGAACGACUAUCGGAGAAUACUACGGAGAAUGUCGAAAAUGUGGUCAAUCUAUUACGAUUGUCGAUGAUGCAUGUGAAAUAAUGGGAAAUGUUUAUCAUAGUGGAUGUUGUGUGUGUGUUCUUUGUGGAAGAACGCUGAGAAAUAAAAAGUUUUUGUGUGUCAAAGAUCAGUUGUAUUGCGAAGAAGACUUUUUGAUAUUACAAGCAAUGGGAAAAUCUUAUCAUCCCGGAUGUUUUCGAUGUUGUGUGUGUUUGACAUGUUUAGAUGAUGUACCAUUUAUUGUUGACACAAAAAAUAAAAUAUUUUGUCUGCAUGAUUAUCAUAAUACUUAUGCUCCAAGGUGUGCAAAAUGCAAAUGUCCCAUUUGUCCAGAGGAAGGUUCAAAUGAAACAGUUCGAAUUGUGUCAAUGGAUCAAAACUUUCAUAUUGAAUGUUAUCGUUGUGAAGAUUGCGGUCAAUUGUUAAAUGAUGAAUAUGAUAAACGUUGUUAUCCGCUAAAUUCGACAUUGUUAUGUUAUAAUUGUCACGUAAGACGUCGUGCAUUAUAA